CUAGACCACCGACUGUGCUGGGUCACUUGGCUACGUAGGAGGUGGCUUGCGCACUGCUAACCAGCGGAAGCAGGCGGGAUUUGGGCGGGGUUGCGAGCGCUCUGGACUUUGUGCCCGGGCGGAGUGCUCCAGCCACCCGCUACAAAGACGUUACGCGCGGAAAUCAGAUCGGGGCUAGACUGGUGAGUAAGGCAGCAAAGAGUGGCGCUCCUUGCGGUGGAAUCUGAUGGAGGGUAUUUGUCCGGUAUUGCUCCAUCCUUCACCUCGGCAGGACCCCUGUUGAGUUCCGGGGUCCUAUGGACAAAGAAAGUACUCGCGUAGGCCGCCAGAGAGACAACCCUGACAGAAGAUAGAAUCCUGAUCAAGGACCUCUUCCUGCCACUCUCAUCAAAAGCCAUCUUAAGUACUGAUGACAGCAGAGUUCUUCCAUGCUGGCGAGUGGAAAGCCUUGAAAGGAAAAGGGAGAGAGGAGAGAGGAAAGAAGAAGAAAGUAACUUCAGAUUCUAGGACUGCAGUUAUCAUCACAUCUUUGGAGAUGCCUGUCACCUUUGAGGAUGUGGCAGUGAAUUUCACCUGGGAAGAGUGGGAAUGUCUAGAUGCCAGUCAGAGAGCUCUUUACCAGGUUGUUAUGUCAGAAACCUGCAAAAACCUGGAGUCUGUGGGAGGAAUAUUUCUGCCUAAAUCAGAUGUGGUCACCAAGCUUGAGAAAGAAGAGAGACAGAAGAAAGCAGAUCUCCAUCAGCCAAACAGAGAAGGCCUCCCUUCAGGAGACAAGAAAGAAGAACUUCAAGAGCCAGGUCAGAAUCUGAGAAAUGAGGGGACUAGUGAUGACAAGAAAGUCUCCCUUAUUCACAGAGGGACAAGCCAGAGACCACCUUCUGGCAGGAUCUCAGUGUUCCGAACAUCCCAACCUGGGCCACCCUUUCUCUGCAACACCUGUGGCAGGUGUUUCAGAAAGAGCUCCCACCUCCACAGCCAUCUCUCCAGUCAUCAGUUUGUUCACAACCCUAAGCAGACUAACAUCUGUAACCGGUGUGGAAAGUUGUUCUGGAGCCGCAAGGCCCUCAGCCACCACAGGCGCAGACAUCAUGGAGAGAGGCCCUUCCGUUGCUUACUCUGUGAUAAGACCUACUGUGACGCUUCUGGACUGAGUCGGCACCGCCGUGUUCAUUUGAAUUACCGGCCCCACUCGUGCUCUGUGUGUGGGAAGUGCUUCCGGGACAGAUCUGAGCUCAAACGCCAUCAGAAGAUACACAAAAACCAGGAGCCAGUGGCUGGAAACCAGAAGCAUAUUGUGAGGAUUUCAGGCACCACAGCUGGAUUGCGGGAGUCCAUUGUCACAAGACAGAAGUCCAUCCAGGGACUUGUGAACCAGGCACCAAUGGCUAGGAUCCAGGAACCCAGAUUUAAAACUAAGAAUUCUGUGACCAGGACACAAGCACCAGACAGUAGAUCCUCCUACCGGAAUACCAGAUCCAACUCUAUUACAGUGCAACCCUCAAGAUUCAAGGUCUUCUCUUGCCCACAUUGUCCCUUGACUUUUACCAACAAAGCCUCUCUCUCCAGUCACCAGAAGGUUCACCUCACAGAGCAGCCUACCUGCUGCUUCUAUUGUGGCAAGUCCUUCAGCUCAUCCUUCUGGCUCUCCAAGCACCAGCAGACUCACUGGAAACAAAAGAUCUACCGAUGCCCCAUCUGUGACCUCUGCUUUGGGGAGAAAGAAGACCUUCUGAAUCACUGGAGGAGCUAUAAAGGCAAGGAACAGUACCUAGGCAGUCCCCAUAUAUGCUGGGUAAUCCUGGGCCAGAGCCUUGGCUGCUUUCAUGAUUCCCCGCGACUGGGAAGGAUUAGAGACAUGGAGGAAAUAGAUCUUCAGGAAUCCAUAUCCCCAGGAGAGAUACAGUAUGGGAGAAGGCAUGCAAAGGAGACCAGGCGAAGGAGGCAGUGAGGAUCUCAAAACAUAAAUAAAUGACCUUUGCAACAGAGGUCUUUGUGUUUGGUUUUCCUGAGGACUGACCUCCAGGGUCAGGAGGCUUGAGUAGGGGGAGAGAGGUGAAUGGAUGAUGAAUAAAAUAAAAAAGAAAAGGGAAAGGAUGUGUGCAUAUAGAAACUCAUUAAUUAGCACCUAACUUGUUUCUUUGUGUCUGAUAGAUCAUCACGUAGUAUUUGUUGAAUAAAACAAUGUCUACUGUGAUAGGUAUGAAGAUGGGAGAAAGGGAUUAGAGGAGAGAAAGUGUGAGGGAUGCAGAGAAGUUGUGGAAAUAGAAGGGAAACCAUUCUAAAGUGGAUGUGCUGCUCAGUUCCCAUGCAUUGCUUCCUGUGGCCCUCCAUAGGCUGCAUAGACGAGAUGGAGUUCUGGCCGGGAUUCUAUGUUCUCUCCCACUUCCAGGUCUUGGUUAGGGCUCCCUACAUCCUCACUCUGCAGCUCAUUCAGCUCCCUCUUUGAUAUUUUGGACUCUUCCUAUUCCUUCCCUUCUACCCUCUCAGCUCUGCUCAAUAAGGGCUCAGUCUUGGAAGAAACAACCACCAUUUGCAAAUUAGAUGUUCUGUAAUUGGCAGUGAGGAGGAUCUUGGUCUUGUUUGUGGGAGAACUCCUCCUGUCUGUGUUACUCUCCAGCACAGGUGUCCUCUGAUGAAGAAAAGAGACCCACCUGGCUUUAGCCAGAGAGGGCUUCCUAGUGAAAGAUGGAGAGGAGGAGAAACAUGGGAAGCAAAAAAAUGGCAAAGGAAGGAGCUGAGGAAAGGAAGAGAAAAGGUAGAUGACAGAAGGGAAAUCAGUUCUAUUUUGAAUUCAGAAUGUUUCUAGAAGUGGCCAGUGAGUGUGCAACUUGAUGGAUGAGACAUCCCCAAGGAUCAGUCUCUGGACCCACCAGGCUCGCCUCCAACCUCGUCAAAAUGCCACGGCACUCAGAAGGGAUUUCCUAGAAGAAGGAGAAAAUAACUUGAAAAAUCAAUGUCAGAAGUUUCUAUCAUGAAACCCCUGAAUCUGGGAAAUGAAAAGACCCCUGAGGACAUCUUAUUUCUGUGGCUGCCUUGGUAGUUGGUCUCGGAGGUGAAGCACUGGGCAGCUGCUGUUGAGAAUGGGAGGGGAGAUUCCUACUGGAGGGCACUUCGGGUAGAGCAGAUGAGACAGUAGAUGGGAGCAGCCCAGCUUCCCUCUCUGCCACCUGUAAACUUGAAUCUGACAACUGCCUUCUUCCCUCUCCCUCACAGGGUGAGUCCUCCUCCACCAUGCUUUCCAGCCCCUCCUGUCCUGGGAUUGGGCAUCUUCAGUAACCCCUUCUUUGUAGCUUCAGUUUCCCUUUCCUGGCUUUUUGUUCUCAGUUUAUAAAAAAGAGAAGAGAACUUACUUAGUUCCUCAAGAAACUGCCCUGCAAACAAGAGAAAUAAAUAGAUGAUCAAUGGAAGAUGGCUACCCGCUCUCACAUCCUCCCUGUGGACACUCAACAUGACCCUUCCCUUUCCAUUGAGGGGGCCCCACAGAUUUCGUAAGCAAAUCUCCUAGCAACUCCUCUGAGGAGCCUGCCAAUGGGCAUGAGGACAGAAGAGGAAUUCCAGGGUUCUGGUUGCACUGUUUCCCAGUCAGGGCUGCCUGGGUCCCCCACUGCUUAGUGAUUCUAUUUACUGUCUCCUCCCCACUACCUCACCUGCCAGUCUUCGAUGUAACCAGUUGUAGCAGAUGAUCAAGGCAACCAGGGGUCCAAGAACUGGUACAAUUACAAACAGGGUUAUCUUCCAGCAGGGCACCCUCAGAAAGUGGCGAUCUGAAUUGUUCAUCAAACAAACAGGGUUAAUAUGUAUUUCCUCUCAUAUUCACCUACUCUUCUCCUUUUGAGGCUUCUGGUCCAAGAACACCAAAGGACUCAGGAUAGAGUCCAGGGAGUCCAUGAACUUGGAUGAGAAGCACCACGUCUUUAUUCACAUCACAGUAUCAGCAGUACCUGUACUUUCAUUGCCACCGGAAAUCACAGAUGUUUUCCAUCCCAUUGGAGUUGUUACAAAAAUCUCCAGGUGCUGUUUAUGUUGAGAGUUGCUGCUUCUGUAUUUAUGUGUUACUUUUGUUAUUUGUUAAUAUAUCAGUUUGUUUAUGUGUUGAUAGCUGUAUUCCAACACAGAUUUUGUUUGUAAUCCUAUGUGUAACGUGUACAUUUAAAAACUUUCUGGGGAUGGGAAUGUGACUUGGUGGUAGAGCAUUUGUUUUAGCAAGUGCAAGGCCCUGGGUUUAAUUCUCAACAAAAAAAAAA